UAAUAUUUCUUCUCUUUCUUUAUUUAAUUCUUUUUCUAUUUCUUUUCUCAAGCUCCUUCUCAAGCUCUCAGCUCUCACAGCGCUCAAACUCUCAUCCUCCACGAACCGAUUCCCAUCAUCCUCAUCCACAAACUAUCACCGAUUCAUCAACCUCCUCACCGCCGCCACCGAAGCUCACGCACCAUCGCCGACCCGAUUCAUCACUUCGAAGCCCAGCUCAUCUUUGCCGCUGCCUUCCACAGCCCAUUUUAAAUAAAAGCGCUAUUUACCGCUAACUAGAAAACGGCGCGUUUAAGAGGGAAUUUAAACGGUGCGUUUCAUUACCAUCAUAAAAUUUCAUAAUUGGUGAGUUCUUUGUAAAUUGUAUACUGUGGUGGUGAAUGAUUGAGAGUGAGAGGCUCUGUUUGUUUGAGGGAAAAUUUGUGUGCAUCCAAUUUUCUCGACCAAAACUUUCCGGGAAAAUUUCUCACAAGCGCGAUUUUCUUCUGUCAUAGUAAUAAGAACCUAAUGGCAGAGCCAAUAGCAGGCAAAGAAGACGAAGAAGAAGAAGAGCGUGAAAUGAUGGAGGAAGUCGAAGAAGAGACGGAGGGUAUGGCGGAGAGAAUGAGGAGGAAGGAGAAGAGGAAGGCGAAGAAGAAGAUGAAGAGGAAGCAGAUGAGGAAGGAAAUGGCGGAGAAGGAGCGAGAGGAAGAGGAAGCGAGGCUGAACGAUCCGGAGGAGCAGAGGAAGCUGAGGAUGAUGGAGGAGGAGGAGAAGGAGAGGAUGGAGAGGGAUAGGAAGGAGUUCGAGGAGCGAGAGAAGGCGUGGAUCGAAGCCAUGGAGAGGAAGAAGAAGAAGGAGGAAGAGGAAGAAGAGGAGGAGCGAAGAAAGAAGGCUCUUGAAGAAGAUUCGAGAAGACAACAACAGGCUGAAAAUGAAAAUGAGCUCAAUGAGGAUGACGAUUGGGAAUAUGUCGAAGGGCCUGCUGAGAUUAUCUGGAAAGGAAACGAGAUCAUUGUCAAGAAGAAAAGGGUCAAGGUUCCAAAGAAGGAUGCCAACCAACAAAGAAUAGACAAUGCUGAUAGGCCUACGUCAAACCCUCUUCCUCCACAGUCUGAGGCAUUUGCUGAUUAUAAGAAUGCACCCAAAUUAUCAGCAGAACAGAUCAUUGAAAAUGUUACUCAACAAGUUCCAAAUUUUGGAACUGAACAGGAUAAAGCUCAUUGUCCUUUCCAUUUAAAAACUGGAGCUUGUCGUUUUGGUCAGCGUUGCAGCAGAGUUCAUUUUUACCCUGAUAAAUCAUGCACACUGCUUAUCAGGAACAUGUACAAUGGUCCUGGCCUUGCUUGGGAGCAAGAUGAGGGGCUUGAGGUCUGUAAACGCUGCCUUCAUGUGAUUCUUCACAGAAUAAUGUCAGGGAUGGCGUUUGUCAAUACUUGGCACAUCUUAAUUGGUGAUUUAUGUCUUGUUGGAUUUUUUGACUGGGAGUAUUGGAGCUCUCUGCUGGUAAUGGCCAUUACCUUGCGAGGUUUGAGAAUGCAGGCAACAAUACUUGUAUGUGAAUACAUUUGGCAUUUUCUUGUGUUAAAGAUGAAAAGAAGGAAGAGCCACACAGAUGAAGAGGUUGAAGGUUGUUAUGAAGAAUUUUAUGAGGAUGUGCAUACAGAGUUUUUGAAGUUUGGGGAAAUUGUAAAUUUUAAGGUGUGCAGAAAUGGUGCAUUCCACUUGCGGGGAAAUGUCUAUGUACAAUAUAGGUCACUGGAUUCAGCUGUUCUUGUUUAUAAUUCUAUUAAUGGUCGGUACUUUGCUGGCAAACAGAUAAGUUGUGAAUUUGUCAAUGUCACCAGAUGGAAAGUUGCCAUUUGUGGGGAGUAUAUGAAGUCAAGGUUCAAGACAUGUUCUCAUGGUACUGCAUGCAAUUUUAUCCACUGUUUCCGCAAUCCUGGUGGAGACUAUGAAUGGGCUGAUUUUGAUAAACCACCCCCAAGAUAUUGGGUGAGAAAGAUGGCUUCUUUAUUUGGUUAUUCUGAUGAAGUGGGGUACCAGAAAGAGGUGGAGCAAGAAAAUUUGGGUCAGCUGAGGCACUCUAGAAAGAGGUUAACUGAUGUAGACAGUUCCUCAAAUUUCCAUGGCAGGUAUUACUCAAGAUCUAAAUCCAAAGAGAUUGACUACUUGAAUGGUGGUGGUUCUAGUAGAAGAAAUGACAACAAAAAUGAUAUUCAAAAGAGCACACAACGGAGGGGGCGCACAAGUAACGACAGAAAGCAAAUGGAAGUUCUUGAUGAGGAUAUGCGUGGAGAGAAUACGAACUUUAAAGGCAGUUAUUAUAGGAAGAGUAGAAGUCAUGAUACUGAUUCUGAGGGUGAAUGGUCUGACAGGUACAAAGAUAGGUACUAUGGUAGUGCAAGGAAAAGCUCAAGACACCAGAACAGAGAUGUCAAUCAUAGAACACAUGAAGUUGAAUCUGAGGGGGGCUAUUCAGAUAGGAGUGAAGAUAGAGAAACUCACAACGGUCAUGCUAGGAAAAGCUCAAGACACAGCAGAAAUGCUAAAUUUGUGGAUGAUUGUGAAGGCCAAGAAAAAUUUGAUGGCAAUUGGUCAGAUAGAGAUGGAGACCAGGAAACACAUGAUGCUUACAUGACCAAAAGUUCAAGACACAGGAGAAAAGUGGGACAUCCAGAUGAUCAUAUGGACAGCAAGAACAGAACUCUUGAUACUGAUGGAGAGUGGUCAGAUGGGGAGAGAGACAGAGACAGGCACCAUAGAAAAAGGAGUGAAAGCUCAAGACACCUGAGGAAAGUGGGACAUUCAGAUUAUCAUAAGGACAGCAAGAACAGAAGUCAUGAUCCUGAAGGAGAGUGGUCAGAUAGGGACACCAAUCGAGAUAGACACCAUCAUAAAAAGAGGAAAAACUCAAGACGUGACCACAAUCGUGGGGGUAGCAAAAACAGGGCUGAUGAUACUAAUCUUAGCUCUGAUUGGUUGGACAGUGAUGGAGAAAAACACAAGAGUCAAACUAGGAAACAUACGAGACACAGGAAUGAAGUGUUGGAUUACUCAGAUCAUGAAGGGGAACCAGCAAAAAAAUUGAAAGAUAAAUUUCACAGUAGGGAAUCCAGCAUAGAAAAAUCUGGUCUGGAAAGAGGCUCCAUGCAUAGUCACUCAAGAUGGGAUAGCAUAAAUGAGAAUUUGGAAUCAGAUGGGAGUCGUGAGUCCAACAGUUCAGAUCAGUAUGUCCAGAGACACAAAUCACAUGACCUUGAGUCAAGCUACAACUCUGAUAAAUAUAUCGACAAGCAGGACCGUUGGGAACCUGAUUAAGUUAGAAUUACCAGAAACUUGUAAGAUAGAUCACAAUUGCUGAGAGUUACUAGUUUGGCACACUGGGUCAAUAUGAUAGAAGGGAUGAAUGAUGAUAAACAUGAUGUCCAGAUAAAUCACAUUUAGCUUUAGUU